UCAGCGCCCAGACUCUCUCUCUCUCUCUCUCUCUCUCUCUCUCUCUCUCCUUCUCCUCUCUUUCUCUCUCUACAGUGUAUGUAAUAUAGAGACAUUUAUAUAAGCACAAUCCGAAACCGCUUUUCCGCACAUCCAAACCCUAGGGCAUUCCGCCUCUCUUCAUUUCUUAUUUGAAACCCUAAUUCUCUUUUAUCCCUGGAUUUCUCGAGUGGCAUUUUCAUAUUCGUCGAGCGCUCCGGAUUUAGGAAGGAAGAUUUAAUCAGGAAAAUUGGUCAUUCAUGCAUUUUUGUUCACAUAGGUUUUGUCGAUAAUUUUUUCUGAUAAAAUCUGAAUUUGCAAAUUCUGCUUUCGAUCUCAUUCGAAAUACCAUUUUCCUGUAUUUUUUGCUGUUGUUAUUUGUUGCUCUGAACAUUCUCUGAUAUUUGAUUCACCGGUAAUCGAGUCUCGGAAAUUAUCCGGAAUUGUCAUUUUUGUGUUCGAGAUUUCCAAUCUUGCCCCUGUGCUUCUCUAGGGUUUUUUUGAUUUUAAGGACAAUAGAAAAUGGUUGGAGGUGGGAAUAGGAGGGACGAAGGAUCGUAUACCGUGAGCAGCACCAACGUUUUUGCAGCUCUAGAGAGUUUGAGGAAGAAGAAAAAGGAUAAGGGUUCGUCGAAGGGGAUUAAGAGCUCGUCCAAAGGCGGUGCUGCUGGGAAAUCAAAGGAGGCCGAAGAAGAGAAGCAGGUGUACUGGGCUCCUGCGCCGUUGACAGUGAAGUCGUGGGCUGAUGUGGAUGAUGAGGAUGAUGAUCUUUACUAUGCCACCACUGCUCCUCCUCAGGCGAUGUGGGCUGGUUCUGGUUUGAAUAAACCUGAAGAGACACCGAAACCUGAUCUUCUGGAGGAAAGUGAAAGUGACGAUGAGCUUCUCGAUGAAGGUGACGACGAUGUUGAAGAGGAGCUUGAUCAUGAAACAGAGCACCAAAAGGAGACCGAACCAAUUGUCGAAAAACCUGUAGAAGCGUCCCCAGCACCUAAAGAAACUGAAAGACAGCUCUCCAAGAAGGAGAGAAGGAAAAAAGAGCUUGCUGAACUCGAGGCAAUUUUAGCCGAUUUUGGAGUUAACCCAAAAGGGAAAGCUGAAGACGAGCCAUCGGACGUCAAUAAAAACGGGAAAGAGGUGCAACCGAAUGGUGAUGCAGAGAAGAAAGAAAGCGCCCAUGCAGAAUCUAAAAGCGCAAAGAAGAAGAAAAAGAAGGCUUCCAAAGAGGCGAAGGAGCUUCAAGACCAGCCCAACAGUUCAGAUGUUGUUGUUCCUAACGAACAAGAGGAAUCUGAGAAGACGGAAGAAGAUGCUUCUGCAGUUGAUGUGAAGGAGCGGUUGAAGAAGAUGGCUUCUUCCAAGAAGAAGAAAUCGACCAAAGAGAUGGAUGCUGCAGCUAGAGCUGCCGCUGUGGAGGCUGCUGCAAGAAGUGCUAGACUUGCUGCCGCUAAAAAGAAAGAGAAGAACCAUUAUAACCAGCAGCCGAUGCGGUAAAGAGAGAGAGGUGAAUUUGAUGGAUGAUGGAGAUGGUUGUUUCUUAUUGGUCGACGAGAAUAAAUCUUUUGAUCUUCUUCAUUUUUAGUUUUUUUGAUAGAUGAACUUUUAAAUAUAAUGUUGCAUUUUGGUACUUGUUAACUUAUUAGAAUCAGAUUGUAACAUAUAUCAUCAUUACUUUGUUGCUCUGUAUCUAUCUCUCUCUCUCUCUCCCCUUUUUUGAAUCUUGAUGGAGGUUUCUUUACUGUUGAAGAUUACAAUUUCUGCAUGCUUACGUUUAA